AUGGCCUCCCGUAAACGAAGCACAAAGAUUAUCAACACCAGUGGUUCAACAACAGAAGAAGAUGCUGUUGGGGCAGCAACGGCGGCUAUGCUUGCUACUGUUAUUCGCAUGGCAACAGUUCGAAGUACUGCAUAUGCAGUCAAUGCCCGCCCUGCACAGAGUCGAAUGGUGAAUCUUAACUCUCUACGCCCACACGGGGCUUUGAAAGAAGGAGAACUGGAUAGUAAUCGUCACUAUGAUGAACCUCCAGAAUCUUUAUUAGAUGACGUGAUAUCUAUGGUUCAUGAAUCCCAAAAAGUUUUACAUCAAUCUGAAGACUUUAAUUUAGUUGUAGAUGUGAAGGAAGCGAUGAGUAUUCUUCGAGAACCUUUUUUUCAUUAUUGGUGGCGAGAUAGUAUUGCAAAGGAAUGUACAAAUGCAGCGGCAUAUCCUUUUACAAAAUUAUACUUUACACCACCACCUCCAUCAUCUGAGGUAAGUACAGAUACUCCUCUCGUGGGAAGUGAUGAUAGAUGUUUUAAUACAGCUAAUAUGAUUCGUCGUAUUCUUUUGGUAUUUACAAAGGCAUCUAAUACUUCUCAAUUAGUAUAUGAAGAACUUUUAUUUCAUGUACUUCGAAAUGAGAAAACUUCUGCAGAAGGUUUACUUCAAUCUAAUUAUAAUAGUCGUCAUAUUACUGUUUGUUGUGGUCUUUACUUUUAUCGCAUUGAUGUUCUUGAUCAGGCUGGAAUAGUGGAAAGUAUAGAUACAAUUGCGAAACGUCUCAAGUCUGUAAAGGAACAUGCAGCACGUACAGAAGCAUUACUACGAGAACAAAAAAUACUUCCUCAAGCAUUAGAAGAACUUAUUGCAUUUUAUAAACUUUUAGCUUAUUUAACAGAAGUGAAUCGAAAAGACUGUGCUGCUAUUAUGGAAAGGUUAAAAACUGCAAGUCCGGUAAAUGAAGCUUGUUUAAAUGCUCUGGAUUCAGGUAUUUUUACAGUUGUAUUGCGAAGUAUAAAUAAUCUUCCUUCUUCAGCGCAUUGGUUUAGAAAUGCACUCGUAUUAGAAGAAGAAGAAGAGGAACAGGAAAACAAUUCAUUAUCCAUACGUGCACAUUCAACAAUUAUAUGUAAGGAUAAUCUUAUGGAAUUUUUAAUGCAAGUAUUCAAUUUACGUGAUGAGGGAAAUUACAUAACAAGAUCUGUAGAGGUUUCAUUAAAUGGAGAACUAACCACACCAACUACCACUACAAGCACAAGCACAGGAACAGGAACAGGAACAGUAGGUGAUGAAAGUAGUGAUCAUAUUAACAAGAUUCUUCCUACAGGAGUGGAAUUCUUAGAAAUGUGGUUACCAUGGAAACAUCGUAUAUUAAUGCAACCUUAUGCUGUAAUGGAACCAACUCCAUGUUUAUUUAAUCUUUUAUUUCCAAAAGAGAAUAUGGUUUCUUUUGCAGUUUUUUGUCUUUCUACAGUUCUUGCGGUUCAAGAAAAUUUAACCCCAUCGAAUGGUUUUCCUACUGUUUUGGUGGCUUUUCCAAAUUUAAAAGGAGCUGUAUCUGCCACUUUAUUAUACUCUGCUGAGAUAGAAACUCUUAUUCAAUCUUUAAGAUGUGGAUCUGUAUUAGUGGAGUGGCGUGCAAAGAAAUUUUUAUUACUCAAAGCAUUAAAGAUUAUAGAAGGUGUUAUUGAUGCUUGUUAUCAUGAACCGUAUCCAUUAUAUUCUGUGGCUAAAUUACUUCUUUCUAGAGAAAAGGUAAAAACAACAAAUGCCUCUUCUAAUGGUGCUAUUUUGGGUCCAGUGGAUAUGUUUAUUACUCUUGACUUGUUAGGUACGAGUGGUGAUAUUAUAAAGAGUGAAACUCAUCUUGUUUUGCCUUCACGUUUUGCAGUGACGUGCAAUGCUGUUGGAAAGAUAGAACGAGGAGGAAGUGUGAAUAAACCUUCAGAAGCCAAUUCUUUAAAAGCCUCCACCGCAAUGUUAACAUCUGCCACACUGGUGGCCCUUAAGAAAGAGGAAGAGUUGGAAAUUGGACAACGUUUAGCCGAUAGCAUUGCUGUGAAUGGGCAACAACUGCUAUCGCUAAUGUCCAUGUAG